GCAUUCAAGACUUCUCGUCAUUACGCAACCGCGACUUUUUGAGUUUGUGGACGACACAAGAUUUCCAACAAAGCCACGGUGCAGUGGGAGCUCUGCUCGUGAAAAAAAAUGCCAAAACGGAAGUCCUCUGCAGAUGAUAGGAAAUCCAAAAAACCAGUCGCCAAGAAGGCGAAAGCGAUGCCACCUGAUGAGGAGGAUGUUCCCAGUGGAAAGCAGAGAAAGAACUACCCUAAACUGGUGGACCCGGCUACAAACAAAGAAACGACUGGAGAAAUUAAAUACACAGCAAAAGAGGCUUCUAGAAACAAAAAAGGAGAAUUAAUGUUUCCCGAUUUCCCAGAAUUCCAUCCAAACAUGACCCCUAAAGAAGUUCUCCAGGCAGGCAGUUUUGGUGGAACAUACUUUCGUCCAAUCAAAUCAUCUGCUACAGGCAAACAGUACAAAGAUGAAGCCUUUAAGGAACUCCCCAAAGACUGGACAGAGGGACUGAAUAUUAAAAAACAGGUAACAUCCUCGACGUACAACGAGUCAGUGAAUACAUACAAGGUGAAAUGUGGGGGGAGUCUGGAAAUGUGGGAGGAGAGCGGGUGGAUCCACAAACAGGACCCCUUCGGCUGGUUCCAGUGGUACUGCAGGUUCUAUGGAGGUCGUAGGACCCCAGAUGAUGAGAGACAAGUAGGGCGAUGGUUGAGAUGUGCAGGGCCCACUGGAAGGUGGAAAAAUAACCUCAUCACCAAGUGUUUCCGGAAUGGGGCCCGCUACAAUGACCGUAACAUCUCCCCAGUGGUCAGGCAGACCCUACAGCACUGGGGGUAUCGACUGACAGAGGAGGAUUAUCUAGCCAAGGAGAAACAGCUGAAGAGGAAGACCUAGAAAUCAGGGGUAGAAGUGCUCAGUUAGAGAGAUCUGAAGAGAAAAAAAGUGUGAGCUUAGUAAUCUCGGGUAGAAGUGGUCAAUUAGAGCAAUCAGAAGAGAAGGAUAGUGUGAGCUUAGCAAUAUGGAGUAGAACUAGGGGGAUGGUCAUGGCAAACAGUCUUUUUGUUAUAAACUGUAAAAUUGGAUUUAUUUGGAAUAUGAAUAGAAGCCAGCCGAGUACAGAAUAUUCUAGUAAGCAUGAACUUGGGAUGGGGACAUUGAUUGUGGGAUAAGAUUAUGUGAAUGCUUGCAAGAAACACACUAGACUGUUCACAGUGCAAUGUACACACAAAUCAAGUUUUUACUUACCACUGUAAAAAUACUCGCACACGUUUUAUUUAUAAAAUUUUUACCAGUUACUUUUACAAUGUAUUGUGUUUGGUGGAAAGAAGAAGUACAAUUGUACUGUGAUGAUUGUUUACAGUAAUUCUGGAGUUGUUUACAGUAAUUCUGUUGUGUACAGUAAUUCUGAUGUUGUGUACAGUAAUUCUUGGUUUGUGUACAGUAGUUCUUGGCUUGUUUACAGUAAUUAUGGUCUUGUUACAGUAGUUCUAAAGACAACCCCAAAACUAUUGUAAACCAGCAUAGAACCACUGUAAUCAACCACAGAAUGACUGUAAACAACCACAGAAUGACUGUAAACAACCGCAGAAUGACUAAACAACCACAGAAUGACUGUAAACAACUACAGAAUGACUGUAAACAACUACAGAAUGACUGUAAACAACCGCAGAAUGACUAAACAACCACAGAAUGACUGUAAACAACCGCAGAAUGACUGUAAACAACUACAGAAUGACUGUAAACAACUACAGAAUGACUGUAAACAACUACAGAAUGACUAAACAACCACAGAAUGACUGUAAACAACUACAGAAUGACUGUAAACAACCACAGAAUGACUGUAAACAACUACAGAAUGACUGUAAACAACCAGAGAAUGACUGUAAACAACUACAGAAUGACUGUAAACAACUACAGAAUGACUGUAAACAACUGCAGAAUGACUGUAAACAACCGCAGAAUGACUGUAAACAACUACAGAAUGACUGUAAACAACCGCAGAAUGACUGUAAACAACCGCAGAAUGACUAAACAACCACAGAAUGACUGUAAACAACUACAGAAUGACUGUAAACAACUACAGAAUUACUGUAAACAACUACAGAAUGACUGUAAACAACCGCAGAAUGACUGAUCAACCGCAGAAUGACUGUAAACAACCGCAGAAUGACUGUAAACAACCGCAGAAUGACUAAUCAACCACAGAAUGUAAUAAGGACUGUAGACAUAAUGUGGACAAGGACAUAAUCUGUUGUACACAUUUGUAAACUGUAGAUGAACUUCAUUAACCUUGCAUCAGUUUUAAAACAAACACUUUAUUUUAUAAGAGAAUCGAUUAAGAGUUCCGUACACUGUCUUUGUCUAAAUCAAAAAUACAACAAAAUUAUGGUGUAACAAAAAUUGUUUGUAUGCAAAUGUAAAAAUGUCACAUAUAGCUUUAAAUUGUUGAGCCUUGACACUUACACAAAUGUUUAUCAGCUUUAAUUGUGAAACAUUUGUAGAAGUUUUCAUAUAAAUGUAACGUCCUGCAUGCCAAUGUUUAAUCAAACCAACUCAUCUAGGUCACUCUGUCAUGUAAUUUACAGACAACACACUCAGGUUUCAAUAUGUUUGUACUUUGUUAUGCUUACAAGACUAAGAAUUUUAAAAUGUCAGAAUUUAUGUACACACAUGUACAUAUGAUACAAUUAUUAGACGUUAUGUAUGUCUCUAUACAUAUAACGGUAUUUACCAUGUCAACAGGAGAUCUCCAAUGAUUUAUAAAAACAAAAAAAAACCUGCAUUUUUCACAAAAAUGAAAAUGUUUGUUGAUGAAUGUAUUUUGAGUCAGUAUUUCUAUUGUAAGAUAAAAAUUUGAAUUAUUACAUCUAUUUCGAAAUUAU